CCUAUCAUUAUAAACGGCUGUGCUAGUCGUCGUGUUAAAGCAGAAGCCUAUUGGGGAUCUAGGAAGGUGAAGUCAAUCCUUUACGGAGUAAACAAGAGUGCAAAACCUUUUUUCCACAUGUGUCUCAAACGGGUUCUUCACUUUCUCCUCUUCCUCCCAGUGCUGCUCUUCACUUCAGGAUGGCACGGUGUGACUGCAAUGAAAGUGUACACAUCGGGUCGAAUGCAGGCGGUGAAUGGCACGGAUGUCAGGUUGAAGUGCACAUUCCAGAGCUCGGUCCCUGUCAAACGCUCGACUCUCACUAUCUCUUGGAGCUUUAGGCCGCUCCGCCCCGGCAACGAGGAGUCUGUGUUUUAUUUCCAAGAUAAGCCGUUUCCUCCGAUUGAAGGUCGCUUCCAGAAUAAGGUGUUGUUCGUGGGAGAUGUUUCAUCGAGUGAUGCAUCCAUCCUGCUUCGGGAUGUGACCUUCAGCUUCAACGGGACGUUCAGCUGCCAGGUGAAGAACCCGCCUGAUGUCCAUGGGAAUGUUGGAGAGGUUCAGCUACGGGUCGUCGCUUCAGCUCCUUUCUCCGAGAUCGUUAUUCUUGCUGUGGCCAUCGGGGGUGCUGUUCUACUGGUGAUCGUCAUCCUUGCCAUAUGCGUGUUCAUACGCCGGUGUCAAAAAAUGAAAAGGAAGGAAGAAAGACAAGAAAAACUCAGAAGAGUACGAAAAGACCUUGUGGUAUGGUGAGAGGCGGAGCUCUGUGAAUAGGGUGGAGGAAAGAAAAUGAAGGACUGUGUGGAGAUGAUGGAGGGAAAAGCAUGUGUUAAGCAAAGCUGCUCUUCCUGUUCAGCGCCCCCUCUGGCUUGGAUGUAAUGUAUGUGUGGUAUUGAUUUUGUUACAUUGUGUGUGUGUGUGUGUGUGUGUGUGUGUGUGUGUGUGUGUGUGUGUGUGUGUGUGUGUGUGUAAGCAUGUGUGUAAGCAUGUGUGUGCUUUCUGAUACUGUUUCUGAUGCACUCUUAUGCAUUUAAAAGUCUGGAAUCAAGUAAAUAUGACAGCAAGAACAAUGUAUACAAAUCAUUUCUAUUGUAUAUGCUGUAGCAAUAACCAGGGGUGCCACUAGCAAUUUUGGGCCCUAUGAAAGAAAAUGAGAUUGGGCCCCCUACCACACAAAUUUUGCACCAAACAUACAAGCCUCUGGGGGGCUCCAAAAGUGUGUGGGCCCUUACAAUCGUCCUAACUUUUCCCCCCUUAGUGGUGCCCCUGUCAAGAACUGUUUUUUUUUUUUAUUAUUAUUAUUUCUAUUUUUUACAUUCUUAUUGACACACUGUUUAGCUAAAGUUAUGACUGUCUAGUAAAGUAACGUAACCUAGCAGCAGCUAUCAUGUACAUGUCGGCUAAAGUGUGUAACACAAAUUAAACACAUUUAAACCAA